AUGCACCGCUCGACUCCGGCGACGCUGAGUGCCGUGCCCCGCCGGUGGUCACACGCCACCAACUCCAUCGCUGCGCUGCAGGGGGCCGCCGCUGCGCUCGUGACGGAUGCGGCGCAGCACCCGAUUGGCCUCGAGGUGGACGUGCGCGUGCCACACAAGAGUGCAGUGCCAGUACUGCGCCACGACCCGUUUCCUCCGGUCGACACGGCCGCUGCGGGCUGCGUCACGCUUUCCGAGUGGCUGGAGACGCUCGCUGGCAUCGUGCACGCGCAGGAGCGGCGGGUGGGUGUCGUGAAACUCGACUUCAAGGAGCCUGCGGCGGCACGCCUAUCGCAUCAACUGCUUGUGGAUUCCUCCGCGUUGUAUGAAAGGUUGAGUUUGCAUUUCGCGUUCUGGUGGAACGCUGACGUUGUCGCGGCUGGUGACGCCGCAGAGGAGCCGAGCAGCAGCGCCUCGUUUCUGUCACUCCCCGAGGCGGAGGUGCAUGCGAUGCUCCGCGACGCCGUCUGUGAGUUCCGUUUCGGCCUCUCGUUUGGCUGGAACAUGCCCGCCGACUACGAGGCAUACGGCGCGGGCGACGUCGCGCGCAUGCGGGGCUUCCUGCAGCGGCUGGCCGCGCAUGGCGGGGAGUGGCGGGCGCGGUU